AUGAGCGAAGCCAGAACCGUCCUAGGAGCGCUGAAGGAGUCCGGGACCUCAAAGUUUGCUCAAAAGCUAUUCUCUGAUAAUUUGGUACCCAGCGUUACCAAAGCAAUAGAACUGAACGAUAGUGAAGAGGAAAACGAGCGUCGAAAGAAAUUCCAUACCCCGAGAAUGGUUUCGCAAGGCGCCCACUUCGCUUACACGGUUCCAGAACCUCGUCCGCACUACAAGCCACUCUUUUCUUCGCGCAAAGCUUUGGAAGAUCUCAACUUGGAGUUGGAUUCUGAGCUUAUGGACCUAAUCAACGGUGCUAAAGUUUAUUAUGAUGAGCACAAGGCCAUUUUCCCCUACAGCAUGGCUUACGCAGGGUUUCAAUUUGGCCAGUUUGCUGGUCAAUUAGGAGAUGGCCGCGUUGUGAAUCUGUUUGAUUUACCAGAUAAAAACAACGUUAUGCAAACUUUUCAGCUCAAGGGUGCCGGAAUGACACCUUUCUCUCGGUUUGCCGACGGAAAAGCCGUUCUGAGAUCCAGUGUUCGUGAGUUUAUUAUAUCAGAAGCCCUUCAUCAUAUAGGUAUUCCUUCUACUAGGGCACUUCAGCUUACCAGGCUCCCACAAACGAGGGCUAUGCGUUCCACAUAUGAACCAUGUGCUGUGUAUUGCAGAUUUGCACCAAGUUGGAUUCGAUUAGGAAAUUUCGAUUUGUGUCGAUACAGGCAAGACCACAAAAGUCUGGUCGAGCUCUCGAAUUUUUGCAUCAGUGAUGUUUUUAGCAACGGCGAUAACUUCCCCACGCUGGUUGAUCCCGAAAACUUCAAACACGAUUAUUUCCCUGAUGCUAACGAAAAAAUAUCUGCCCCGAAAACCUCUGACCAUAUCACCCUCGAGGACAACACCAAAUAUGAGCUCUUCUUCCGCCAUGUUGUUAAUCUCAACGCAGAAUCGGUUGCCUCCUGGCAAGCCUACGGUUUUCUCAAUGGGGUGUUGAACACUGAUAAUACGUCAAUAAUGGGUCUGGCUAUGGAUUUUGGACCUUUCAGUUUCCUGGACAAAUUUCAACCGCAAUACACUCCUAAUCACGACGACGUUGAACUUCGCUAUUCUUUUGCUAAUCAACCUACUGCGAUCUGGUGGAACCUAACAAAGUUUGCCCAAGCGAUGACCACUCUGAUUGGCGCUGGCCCUAAACAUAUUCAAUCUAUUGUGGAAAAUGGUCUCCAAGGGCUCGCUGAGGAGACUGAACAAGAUAUCAUCACCAGAGCGAACUCUGUCAUUUUAUCCGCUGCAAAUGAAUACAAGUUCAGGUUCACCACAAACUAUGCACGGAUUAUGUCCAAAAGAUUGGGACUUGAUCUUAAUUUUCCGAUACAGGUUAGUAACGAGAAUUUGGCAGAAAUGGCAGAGAAGGCAACUGAAUUCAACAAGACUAUUUUAGAACCCCUACUACAAAUAUUAUACGUUUCACAAAUUGACUACAACAAUUUCUUCGUCAAGUUGCAGGGUUACAAUGGUGACUUCAAAACAGAAGUUAGUCAAGGCUUCCACAGAAUUGAUCCAAGUCUGUUGAAGGUGUUUUUUACCGAACCUCAAAUUUCGAAACUAGAAAAGCACGCCGAUGGUGCCGCUGAAGCUGACUCCGGAGAAACCAGAAGGCUUGUGGAGUGCGUAGAGACGCUUAAUGCCUGGAUUGAUGAUUUUGUUACGUUAAUGCCAUCAGACUAUAGUUCCCGAUACAAUCUGGCGAAGAAAUCCAACCCUCUCUUUACCCCAAGAGCUCAUAUUUUCGAACAGGUCAUUAAUGACAUUACAGAUCAACAACGAGACAAAUUGAAUGAUCCAGACGCAGAGAUUGACACGUCGUAUCUAGAAAAACUGUACAUUAUGAGUGUGAAUCCCUACGAUUCUUCGAAGUGGGAUGAAAACCUCAAGCCAGAGAAAGUGCAGGAUUGGACCGCUCAUGGUGACGACGACACAAAAUUUAUGAAGCAACUAACUUGCUCAAGCUAA